ACGAAAUAUGUACCACGAUGAUGUCAGCGGUUUUUAUUCUAGUCAUGGUCUAUAUAUAGUACAGUUGAUUAUUUUCGAAUUCAAUCCAUUUUCUCUAUACAGAAAAUUUGAUUAAAGUGAAGCUCGCGCGCUCUCUCUCCCCUGCAGCAAUUGCUCAGCAUCAAUGGCCGAUUCCGGAAGAAGUUACGGAGCUCAAGCGCCUCGAACUUCAUCUGAGCAUUCACAUCAGACUGGUAGUAGUGGGGUGUGUCUGAUGAACAUCAAGUGGAAAGAAGAGCAACAUCCAUCCUUCAUCAACUUUAUCUCGACAUUCCUUAGUGCAAACUCUUUCAAGCUUAAUAUUGUCCCGAUUGAUCCUGAUUUUAUUUUCAACUGUGGAGGAGUGUCAGUGGCUAUUGUCUUUGUGACUUCCUGGGAUCCCAACCGCGCCUCACAGAUGUAUAGCAGGGUACAUAAGCUGAAGGAGCAAUUUGCAUACCUCUAUGUUGUUGUCACCAUUCCAACUGAGGAGCUAAAUGAAUCUUUUAUUGACUCUUACUUCGCGAGUGGGAUUGAUAUUGGAAGGCCUACAUUUAUAUCAGUUCUUGACAUGGAGAUGGGAUUUGAGAAAAUUGUGAAGAUUGUUCAUGUCCGUGGUGUGUGUAAGAAACAAGAUGUCGUAGCAAGAAUGAAGGCUGAGAGGAUAAAAGCUGUGCAAGGGAUGGACGCUUUUCUCAGGGUGGUCACAUCCAUACCCGGCAUAGACAACCACGAUGCAAACUCGCUCAAUCAAGCUAUUGGAUCAAUUGAAGCAAUAGCAAAUGCAUCGAAGGAAUAUAUUCUGGAAAACACUGACCUUUCAGCUGAGAAGGCAGAAACUAUUUGGAGGUUUUUCAGGGAUCCAAAGUACUACCUCAGUCCCAGAAUUAAUUGAGCGAAUAUCAAAGGCAAAAGAAUGAGUGGAAGAUGGGAGUUCCCGAAACGCUAAUCUACUAGCUUUGGCCUUGUGGACAUUAACAAAAGAGUUAGAGAGAUGAAUAAUACAUUAUACACGACACUUGAGGAGGAAACUGCGGCCGCAAAUUGACCAAAAUGUGUGCUGAUACAUGUGUGUUUGACUUUGGUACUUCCUCUUACGUCUUAAUUUUGCUUUAAUUACUGUACCUAAGAACUUAAGAAGAAAGGGUUGAAUCAGACAAUGCACUAAUGAAGCUACGACCUAACCCUGCGGACUGGGUUUAGUAAGCUGGAGUAUUAUUGUUUAAAGGUAGACGGAGUAGCAGCUUGCAUCUUAAUGGAUCAAAAUGAUUAAAAAAUGACAUGUUGGACUAAAAUUAUAUCAUGA